AGGUACUACAUGGCAUUCGUGACUCUGCUGUGGAACGGUGUAGAGGCCCACCACAUGUUCUCCACCAUCGUCAAAGUCUUCAACUCCCACGUCAGACACUUCGCGAGGAAGGCUGCUGUUGUCACGUGGGGUUUUCCAUUUGCACUUAUUGCCGCUACACUCACAGUAGAUGCAAAAGCAUUUGAUGGAUACUACGAAAGUUGCACGUUCAGGUUGUGA